UUCAAAGUGAGGGCCGUUCUUGCCUUGGCCAAACUUUCACUUAUCUGACUGUGAAACAAUUCGCAACGUGGAGAAACAAGCAUGGAAUCGGGAGCCUUCAUGGAGAAAUUCAUUCUCCAACAAAAUUCUUCCUCUCAGCAACUUCCCCUUAGUGGACUUACUUUUGCUGUUAAAGAAAUGUUUGAUGUGGAUGGAUAUGUCACUGGCUUUGGAAACCCUGACUGGAAAAGGACUCAAUCUGCCGCCGUAUCGACGGCACUGGCUGUUGUCGAUGUCUUGAAGGGCGGUGCCACUUGUGUUGGCAGGACUGUCAUGGAUGAAAUGGCAUACAGUAUAAAUGGGGAAAAUAUACAUUAUGGCACUCCCACAAAUCCAUGUGCACCAGAUAGAGUACCUGGAGGAUCUUCCAGUGGCUCUGCCGUUGCGGUAGGCGCAGGGUUCGUCGACUUCUCCCUAGGAACUGACACUGGAGGAAGUGUGAGAGUACCGGCAUCUUAUUGUGGAAUUCUCGGGUUUAGGCCUUCACAUGAUGCCAUUAGUACUUCCGGUGUUAUUCCGAUGUCCCAGAGUUUCGAUACUGUCGGAUGGUUUGCUAGAGAUCCUGCGGUUCUAAAUCAAGUCGGACGUGUGCUGCUGCAUUUACCUAAUGUGUACCCUGCUGCACCUAGUCAGAUUAUUGUUCCCGAAGAUUGCUUCAGCUUGUCGAGCAUUCCGAGUGAUCAAACAACACAAGUUCUCAUAAGAUCGGUGGAGAAGCAUUUUGGAGGUCAAAUUCUAAAGCAUAUAAAUCUCGGAGACUAUGUGAAGGAAAAAGUACCAAGUUUGCAGCAUUUCAUGCCUAAGGAGAAUGAAGAUCAAGCAUAUAAUAUACCGUCGUUGGCUGCCCUUUCAAGCUCGAUGAGACUGCUUCAAAGGUAUGAAUUCAAGAACAACCAUGCUGAAUGGAUCACAACAGUGAAUCCUAAAUUUGGUCCUGGAAUAUCUGAGCGUAUAUGGGACGCCAUUAGAGCACCGGACAAAAACAUCGAUGUCUGCCACUCCGUGCAAACUGAAUUACGUGCUGCUCUUACAGAUCUUCUUAAGGAUGAAGGCAUCCUUGUUCUGCCUACAGUUCCAGGUGAACCACCGAAGCUACAAUCAGAUCCGGCCUCACUCGAAGUGUUUCGUGCCAGAGCCUUCAGCUUGCUAUCCGUCGCCGGAGUAGCCGGAUUCUGUCAGGUGAGUAUUCCAUUGAGGAUGUGUAAUAAUUUGCCUAUAUCAAUCUCCUUGGUGGCGAAACAUGGUUCAGAUGGUUUUCUGCUGAAUGUAGUCGAGACUUUAUAUGAAACCAUUCAACAAGAGGCUGGAGUUGCUCAGAGAAUUACUAACUGAACUUUCAUUGCCUCUUCCUUCUGUAUAAUUUGUGCCAAUCCGUUUGAUUUUGUAUGACAUAAAGUACGUUCAGGUCAAUACUAAGGU